GUAUAAUGUAUCAAGCAAGCAUGGAAAGUUAAGGCAGUUAAGUUGUGUGGUUUGUUGGUUGGUUUGGUUUGCUCAAAGUUUUAUUUAUUUAGUUAUAUUUACGUUCAUUUUUUGAUAUUUUGAUGUGGGUUCGGAAUUAAUAUGAGUGAAGGGAAUUCAAAGUUUAAUGAGAUCAACGAAGGUCAAUGUGAAAAUGCAGAAUCCUCGUCUAAAAAGGAGAAUAUUAACUGCAAGGAUGCUGAUAGUGACGUCUCCAAUGAAUUAUUCUCAGAUGAAGACGAAGUCCAAGAGAUAAAUCCUUGUACUCCAGACGUGCUGCAAUCACUUGACGAUUGCUCAUUUUUUAAUUGUUUUAAAACACCUGUGCUAUUUUCCAAAGACACUAUUCCGGGUCAACCAGUUGUUCCUAGCACACCUUCAAGUCUUGCCCCCUUCAUCACCAAAAUUAACGAACCCUGGACAAGCGAAUUAGAAACUCCCGAUGCAAAACUUAUAGCUAAAGCUAAAAUAUCUUCGGCAGAGCGAAUUAAUGGUCUACAAAUUGUGGAAAAAAAUUCUUCCAGCAAAUCACUCACCCCAGUUUUAGAAAAUGUCAAAUACGAAUACACUGAAUCAUCGUCUCCAAUUUUAAACAAAAAAGUUCGCAAGCGACCUAAGCGUCGGAUAUUUAAAACCAAUACAUCCGAGAAUAUAGGAACUCCACAGGACCUCGAAGAACGAAUUCAAGAUGAAGAAUUCAGUCAAAAUGACGACAGACUACAAGAAAGUAGAAUAUCACCUUUGCUAGAUCAAUUCAAGACUGAAACUAAUAAUCCAAAUCUAAUUUCUUCUCCAAAUAUAAAAAAAUCUAGUCCCACGAGCCUUAAUAGUAAUAUUUUACAAGCUAAUAUAAAUCCGGAUUUUUCAAAACCGUCUACCUCUUCUGUAGAAAAAUCUUUGGGAGACAUAGUUAGAGAUAUCAAACGUACGCAGAAAAAGAGAAGAGUAGCUUCUGAAAUGAAGCUCGCAAAUUUUUCGGAGAUUGACCUUUUCAAAGACGCCAUUCAACUUGAGUGUGCUUCCACAAAGUUUUCCGAUUCCACUAAAGAAGUGCCAGGAGCUGUAAGUCAAAUUGGACUCGUUCCUUUUUCCAAGUACUGUUUGGAGGUGGGUGAAGAACCAAAUUCCAAAGAUGAGAAACAAGAGGAAACUUCAAGAGGGAAUGAAGAAGUAAAAGAAAAAGGGAAUCAUGAGGGCAGAGAAAUUGUAGGAAGUUCUAGAAAACAGUCGACGUAUUCUAAACCUGUUAGAAUAUUCAAUAAUAGUUCGCGUGAAAGUUCUAAGAAACGUAAAGGAUGCCGAGAUUCUUCUGAAACUGUACUCACCUUAAAGGAGGAAGAAGAAAUACUUAAUGAAAGUAUAGUCGAAGAUUUCCAGUUCAGUCAGUGGUUGUACAUAUCGAAAGAUGAAGAAAAGAAAGAUGUAAUAGAAAUUGUGGAGUCUCAAAAUUCUGAAAACGAAAGUAAAGCUACGGGCGAAGAUAUCGAGAUUCUUGCUGAUUUUACUAAUGAGCUUCAGAAAGAAGACGUAGAUGAGCGAUCGGAUAUAGAAAUUAUAACGCGAGUUUCUGAAGGCACUAGCAAAGAAACUAUUCCUUUAUGCGAAUUUUUAACGACGAAGGGAAAACGUAUUCAAAUUAAUGAAGAUAAACUUGAAACGACAAAAUCUGUAUUUAAAGAAGUUCAAGGUAUUGAUCUCGAUAACGAAUUUUCUGAAGAUCUUACACCAGGUUCAGAAAAGCUUUCGCAAAAACAUCUAGUUGAACGAUCAAACAGGGAAAUUAUGAAGCAAGUUUCCGCAGGUUUUAUUAAAGAAAAUACGGUUCCUAAUUGUGGAUUUUCAACCGCGAAGGGAAAACCUAUUCAGGUAAAUGAGGAAAAACUCCGGAUGGCAAAGUCUGUGUUUAAAGAUGUUGAAAAUAUUGAAGAUAUUGAUCUUACCUCUCAAUCUCCUAAAGAACUUUUGCAGUUUGCUAAUAAGAUUUCGAUAAACGAUCUAGAUGAGCAAUCGGAUCCGGAAAUUAUAAAGCAAGUUUCCUUAGGUUCUAGCAAGGAAGCAACGGUUCCUAAUUUUGGAUUUUUAACCGCGAAGGGGAAACCUAUUCAGAUAAGUCAGGACAAACUUCUUAAGGCAAAGUCUGUAUUUAAAGAUGUUGAGAAUAUUAAAGACAUUGAUAUUACCUCUCAAUCUCCUAAAGAACUUUUGCAAUUUGAUUAUAAGUUUUCGAAAAGAGAAUUAGAUGAACGAUCGGAUCGGGAUAUUAUAAAGCUGAAUUCUGCAGGUUCUAGCAAAGAAGAAACGGUUCCUAAUUUUGGAUUUUCAACGGCGAAGGGAAAACCUAUUCAUAUCAAUGAAGGUCAACUUCUGCAGGCAAAAUCUGUAUUUAAAGAUGUCGAAAAUGUUGAAAAUAUUCAUCUUGAAAACGAAUUUUCUAAAGAUCUUACACCAGAUUUAGAAAAGUCAUCAAACCUUGAAAUUGUGAAGCAAGUUUCUGCAGAAUUGAUAAAGGAAUCAUCUUGUUUAGGAUUUUCAACAGCGAAAGGAAAAUCUAUUCAGAUUAAUGCAGACAAACUCCGGAAGGCAAAGUCCGUAUUUAAAGAUGUUGAAGACAUUGACCUCAUUACCGAAUCUUUUCCAGAAUUGCCGCCGGAUUUAGAAAAAUCCGCUGAUGUAGAAAUUACAAGGCAAGUUGCAGAAGAAUCCAUCAAAGAACGAACGAUUGAAGACAUUGAUUUUAUCACUGAGUUCACUAAAGAUGUUACACCACAAGAUUUAAAAAAAUCAGCGGACAUAAACAGGGCACCUAAUCUGAUCAAUUUUAAACCAAUAUCUCUGGAUUUUAAGAGGGAAGUUCCGAAAGCGGCAACUUCUUGUGGAUUUUCAACAGCAAAGGGUACCAGUAUUGAAAUAAAUAAUGAAAAAUUACGUAGAGCUGAAAUGAUAUUCAAAGAUGUCGAAAACAUCGAGGGUGUUUUAGAAACUGCAGCCGAAGAGUUUGAGUUAACAAAAUCAAACAAUGUUCUUGAAUCUAAGCAAAAAGAUUCUCCGAAUGUGGGAGCAAAAUUGAUAUCGGGAUUUUCUUUAGCAAGCGCCAAAACCAGUUCGAUUAAUGAAGCAAAGAAUCCAAUUUCUGAACUUAAAAAUAAUUCUGUUACUGGAUUUUGUACAGCUGGUGGCAAAAGUAUUGCUAUAAGUGAACAAAAGUUGAUGAGAGCAAUGCAAAUGUACGAUGAAACUGUAAAGGACAAUUUCAUUAGUAAAGAUAAAGCAUUAAAUAAUAUAGAGUUGUAUAAUAAAGAAAAUGAAGCAGGAUCUUCUCUAGUUAAUAUUUCUGUUCCGUCAACAAGUAAAGUCCAAGCUCCAUCGAAUUCUGAUGUGUUAAAUAAAUACACUUGUAGCAUGAAGCGUAAACUUUCGGAAGAAGUUUCAAUAAAUUCUAAAAGGUUAAGAACAGCAGAUUUCCCUACAAGAAAUUCUGUGUGUCUUAGAAAGAGUUUUAAUCCUGUUAUUGUUAAAAGUAUGCCAGAAGUUUGUCCACUUAACAAAGAUAUGCGUUUGAGUUUGAAUGGAUUAAAAGACGUUGUAAAUCUUCCUACGUGUGAUCUAAUUGUACCUAAGGUUCAAACAGUGCAGUCUGGAUUCGUAACAGCUUGUGGAAAGAAAAUAGUCAUUAGCGAUGAGAAAAAACAGAUGGCUGAGAAACUCUACGAAAAUAUUGAGGCCGAAGAUGUAAUCGCUAGUAGUUCGAAGUCAGUGUUACCAAAAAGAAAUUUCAGUUUGCCAUGUACUUCUGGGAAUAAAGAGAGUGUUGAUACUAAAAAGAGGAGAUCUUUACAGACUGAAUCCUCUAAUGUUAAGAAUAUUGAACAACUAAGAAAGGAUUUUCAACAGAUGAGAAGAGACCAGUUAAGGAAUCAUAUAUUUAUCAAACCUUUGACUCAAUCCAAAAGUUAUCUAAUAAAUUGGCGACCAGAAUCACCGCCUUUCUCUGGAUUUGACAGCAAUGAUUCUGUAAAGAGUACUACUUUGUUUCUAAAAUCUGAAGAAUAUUUGAGAGAAGAGGAAAUUAUAUUAAUUAAGAGAAAUGAACCAGAAUUAGGAGAGAAUCUUUCGAAAAUAUCAAGUUUGAAUGCCAAAGUUCGUGAAGAGGAUAAAUCGGAAACUGACAAGAUUGAUAAGGAUUCUUGUGGCUUGUAUCGCGUAUCCGACGAAGCUCUCCAAAAAGAAUUAGAAUUUUCAGAACUCUCUGUACAAUUCAAACCUGAAAUUUCUAAUCAAAUUUUGACAUCGAAUCCUACACUAAAACGGAGCAUCAAUGAUGUGGACAGUGAAACUCCACUCGGAAGAAACUUUGCUUCCAAGACUAAAAAAGCCAAAGUUACCCGCGAUUUGCAAGGAAGGAAACUCUUCUCCGAGGAUUCAGAAAGUGAGGAUGAAUUUGCGAAAAUUUCAACAAAUGUGGUCACAAGUUCUGCAAAUAAAUUUGAAUUGGAAAUAUCUACUAGGGCUUCUCCAAUUCUAUCGGGAAGUAUUAUCGAAAGUGUCGAAAUUCUACAAAAGGACUUGAAAGAUUUCAAUGAAACAAGACUGGGUAUUAAAUACAAUCAAGAGAUUGUAAAAGAAAAGGAAAACAAUUUGGAGGAUGCAAGGCGCAGUCCUAUUUUAGGAAAAAGGAAAAGGAGACGAAGGGUGAAGGACGUAAAGCCUGUGGAAGAACGAUCUGGAAUUAAAAGGGAAGAUAGGUGUAAUUCUGAUGCAAACAUUGAUUCGAGGACUAGUUCCCAGAGUGUGGAAACUGAUUCUGUUGUUAUUGAUUCAGAUAUUUUGGAGCGACGGAUUUCUGCUGUCUUCGAGCAGGACAUGGUUAUAGCUAGGAAGAAAAAACAGAGGCCGAAGCCGAUAAAAGGUAGCCUGUUGGAUAAUAGAGAACAAAAUAGAAAUUGCAGAAUUUCUUUGCAUCGCCUUUCGAGUGGUUCUGCUCCAAUAUAUCGUAGUAUACAAGAACUAAAAGAGAAGGGUAUUGAUCCAGAUGUUCUGGAAAUCUCUGCAUCAACGGCUGGAAGCUACAAAUUUCGAAUCGCGGAUGUUAACAGGGUAUCAAAUCGAAAUCUGGUUAGUUUGGAUGUUGGAGACGGAGGAAGAUUAAUUUUGGACUCAAGCGGAUCAGCUGGAGUGACGGAAUUCGAGAGAGCUUUCGAGGCAAGUCCUGGAGUCGAUCCUAAGCUUCUUCCUCCAGAUUGGGUGCGGAAUCACUAUCGGUGGAUCGUUUGGAAAUUGGCUUCUAUGGAUAGAGUAAAAUUAGGUUGUGCGGAUAUUCCAAGAAUGCUAAUGCCAGACAGAGUGCUGAAGGAUCUAAAGUACAGGUACGAUAGAGAAAUAGACAGAUCACAACGUUCUGCUAUCCGAAAAAUUUUGGAGAAGGAUGAUGUACCUUCGAAAAGAAUGGUUCUUUGCAUCGCUACGAUAGAAGAGAGCACUGACAAUGAAAAAAAUGAAAGCGAUCCAAGAAUUUUAUUACGAACUCCGCGAUGGAAGGUUGAAGUCACUGAUGGCUGGUAUAGUUUACCUGCUUCAUUUGACGCAGUAAUGGUGAAAAAAAUUAUAGACGGAAAAGUUCAAGAAGGUACUAAAAUCGUGACCUAUGGAGCGGAACUUCUAAACUGUGAUAGAGGCUGUUUUCCACUAGAGAAGUCUGCUGAUGUUUGUUUAAAAAUCCACACAAAUUCCACAAGAAGAGCAAGAUGGGAUGCAAAAUUGGGUUAUCAACGCCAGUCAGGACCAAUACCAACAAGUCUGAAAAAUAUUGAUCCCAAUGGAGGAUUAAUUGGGAAAGUGACUGUCGUCGUUUCCAGGAUAUAUCCAACAUUGUUUCGAGAAAAAACCGCCGAUGGUCAAUCAAUUUAUCGAAAUGCCAAAAAUGAAGAAAAGGCACAAGCGGCUUAUGAGCAAGCGUUUCAGUCAAAAGUAGAGGCGAUUGUUUCCAAGCUACAAGAAAAAUACGAAGGAAAACAAAAUUCUUCUGAAGAAGACAGUUCCGAAUAUUUAAUAAAUUACGAUUCUGGAUCCUAUUUGACCGAAUCUCAAAAACAAAAGCUAAUGGACAUUCGUCAAGCUAAACAGGAAAGAUUGCAAAAUAAAAUAGCCCAGGAAAUAGAAGCGAAUCGUUCACCACCGAGAAACGUAGUUCCGGUUCAAAAAGUUCGAAUUGUCGAAGGAGAAACGAACGCCAUCUUAACGAUUUGGUCAAAAAGCGAAGAGGUCAGCAUUCUUAAAGAAGGUGGUUGCUUCUCCAUCUUCAGUAUAAGUGCUUACGGAAAUGGUUUCAGAGAUGGAGAUUUGAAUCUUACAGCUAGUAGGCAAGCUGUCUUCAAACCUGAACCAAAUAUGGAGCUAUCGUAUCCAUCCAGAAUUUACACUCCUCUAAAAGAUGUCGCUGCCUCAGGUUUUGAACCACCUUACUGUGAAUUGGACACAGUCGGAAUCGUUUCUUGGAUCGGAAACACUCCUCAUGGAAUGAAGAAUUUCGAAGCAGUUUAUCUGUCUUAUCCAAACGAAGACACUUCGUCCUCUACGUAUUUGUCAAUUUUAUUUUGGCAAGGUAUUUCGUCCCAUGGAUUUGCGAAUAUUCUCACUGUAGGAUCCUUAAUUGCGUGCAGCAACUUAGAAUGUCGUCGGACCCGAAAUGCUUUGUGGACUAUUCCUGUCUGUUAUUGUUCCGAGAGGACGAUCUUCACUCAGAAUCCUCGACAGGCUCACUUAUUGGAGGCUUUCGAAGAUCUAAAAACGAGGAUAAGUGAUCCAAUCGCUUAUUCCAAAAAAUGCGGAGAUGAAAUAUCGUCGCUCAUCCCGAAAAAACCCGUUUCGAGAGUUUCAGCUCAGGCAAUUUCGAAUGUAACCCCAGUUUCUGGAAUUCCUGGAUUUAAUAGUCCAAAUUUCUCGAUGGCAAAAACGCCUCUGGAUGUCGAAACACCCGCGAAAUCUUCCGCAACCCAGAAAAGGUUAGAUAAAUUGGCAUGUUAUGGACAACCGCCAGAAAUAUCUCCGAUUGUUUUUCGAAACUCAAGCAAUGUAACAUCGAACUUCCGACCUGUGAUUAGAACGCCAGACUUGACAAAAUCAAGGAAGAUUCCACCUGACUCGACAUAGUGAUUAUUGAACUGCGACAGAAGUAAUCAUUUAUUUUUGGAUUAAUUGAGACUCUUUUUGAAAUGAUUUUUUGAUAUUCGUUUUGUUUUUAUAAAUAUUGUAUAUAUUUUUGUUGAUGGGUGGGAGAGGUCAAAAUCUAGAAUAAGAUUUUGAAGCAUGCAGGGAUGAGAGAAUAAGAAGUCUUUCGAACUCACUGAAUUGCUAUGUGCGUUUCUUGUUUUGUCUAAGAAUAAGUUUUCUAUUGUAAACAGCGCCUUUUAAAAAAAUUGUCUUUAAUUUCACGAGUGAAAUGCCGCUGUUAUUUGUGUUUAUACCAGUAUCAACCAGUAUUAGAUACAUGUUCGUGCGAUAAAUAAAAUUCUUUAUUUUCGUUUUAAA